AUGACCGUGAACCAAAACCCCGUCUUCAAGUUCAACCGCGAGAUGAUGCUCGCGGUCAAGGUGGAGAACAUUGCAGAGUCUGCAAGCAAGCAGGACGUGGUCGACCUCUUCAACACUCUCAUAGGCGAAGUGCGCAGGUGCGACGAGGCGGUAGAGAGUGGACGCCGCGUGCUGGUGAUGACGUUCUCCAGCUAUGACGCAGCAAAGAAGGCGCUGUGCAUGUCGGGCUAUACCAUAGCUGGAGUGCCACUGACGGUCACGCCGUCUUCUUCGGGCGAUUCGAACCAUGGCGGCAAGCAGGGUAGGCAAUCCGAUGACCGCCGCAACCUGUAUGUGCUUGGGCUGCCGUUCGAUCUCACAAAACCCGAGUUUAUAGAGAUAUUUUCGCGCUAUGGGACUGUGUCUCACGCUGUCAUCCUCGCUACGGUCGAUAAUGCUUCGCGUCGCCGCGGUUUUGUCGUUAUGAGCACCCACAGCGAGGCAAGAAGGGCUAUGGAUGCGUUGAGUCGCAAAGAGAUCAAAGGGCAUACAAUCGACGUGUCGUGGGCGGUGGUGCAACGUUCGCAAGGUUUCUUGGACGGUGGCGAUCGAACUAGCAUGCUCUCGAGCCAGUCGCCUUGUCCUUCGCCGCCUCCGUUCGAAUUUAGCGUCGUCCGCUCAAACCCACCUUCUGGGAAGGUGUCAAUGUGUUCCACGCCGAUUCCUGAACGCGCUCCUCUGUCUCUGAUCGCUGCUCAUCCUGCUAGUCUCCUGGUUGUCAACCUGCCUAGUGUGUUGUUCUCUCAGCUGACGGACCUGUACCCUCUGUUCUGUCCUUAUGGCGACAUCAAGAAGCUCGAGAUCGUCGACCCCGAUACUGCUAGCGCUCCCUCCGGUGAUAUCUCUGUGAUCGUCGAGUACGCCAAUGUUGCGCAAGCCAGGGAUGCUCGUAAUGCUCUGCAUGGUCAAAUGUACUCCAACAACCCCGUCAAGGUAGAAUUCAUGCAACUGGACGCUGGCAGCGCGCCCUUUGGAUCAAACUUGUCGAACACCAAGGAUGUCAAGGCUGGUCUGAACCCUCACGCGGCACCGUUCAUUGCCCCUGCUGGUCUUCCUCAAGACACCGUUCUAGCUCCUGUAGCGCAGCUGUAUUCGCACGUCAACGCCGAUCAAAACCGCAUUGCUGGCGCCAUUCCUAGUGGACUGCUUGCUGUCAACCCGUAUGCUCUCUCUCCAUAUGCGACACCUGGAUCCUUGUAUACCCACCUCUACGUGCCUAUUGCUGGAACCAUUCGCCCGAGCUCUGCUCCUUCGCCGUAUGUGCUAAUUAUGCAUCACUGA